AUCAGCCAGACGUAAGUAGUCGCUAGGUGGGAUCACUACAGCUGUGGCACUUCCUGGUCAGCAGUGACUUCCAUUAGAAAUAUUUCACUCGUUAACUAUCACACUUUACGUCGUCGAGUUUUAAUAUCAUUUACUGCUACAACACAAAGAGGAUUCCUUGUCGUUUAAGUCAGCAAACGUUGGUUAGUUGCUGAGCUAACGUCAACGUUUGCUGCGUUGUCGCCAUGUCCGCCUCUGCCGGAUGUUCCCCUGCGGGCCACAGCUCGGCCCUCAGCCCGGGCAUGUCGGUGUUCCGCUGGCUGGAGGUGCUGGAGAAGGAGUUCGACAAGGCCUUCGUGGACGUGGACCUGCUGCUCGGGGAAAUAGACCCGGACCAGGUGGACAUUACGUACGAGGGCAGGCAGAAGAUGACCAGUCUGAGCUCCUGCUUCGCUCAGCUGUGCCACAAAGCCCAGACUGUUUUCCAACUGAACCACAAACUGGAGGCCCAGCUCGUAGACCUACGCUCUGAGCUGACUGAGGCUAAGGCGGAGCGGGUGGUGGUGGAGAGAGAAGUCCACAACCAGCUUCUGCAGCUUCACGCUCUCCAGCUGCAGCUCCAUGCCAAGCAAGGUCAAGCUCCAGAGUCUGACUCCAUCAAACAUCGACUGCCUGCCUGUACAUUGGAACAGAUGGAACAGGAGCUUGAGGCCAGCAAGAAGGAUAAAUUGUCUGAAGCGAGACUGGAGGCUGACGUUAGACUGUACAAGAAAGAAAAUGAGGCUCUUCGCCGUCACAUGGCUGUACUUCAGGCUGAAGUGUACGGUGCUCGACUUGCUGCCAAGUACUUGGACAAGGAACUGGCUGGCAGGGUGCAACAGAUCCAGUUACUGGGUCGUGAUAUGAAAGGCCCGGCACACGACAAGUUGUGGAACCAAUUGGAGGCUGAGAUCCACCUUCACCGCCACAAAACUGUCAUCCGAGCAUGCAGGGGGCGCAAUGAUCCAAAGAAACCACUUCCCUCGCCUAUCGGACAUGACCCAGACAUGCUGAAGAAAAGUCAAGGAGUGGGUCCUAUCAGGAAAGUGUCCCUAGUCAAAGAGGACCAUGAGGGUCUGGGGAUCUCCAUCACGGGGGGAAAGGAGCACGGUGUUCCUAUUCUCAUCUCAGAGAUCCACCCAGGCCAGCCUGCUGACAGAUGUGGUGGUUUGCAUGUUGGAGACGCCGUCUUGGCGGUUAACAGCAUUAAUCUGAGAGACGCCAAACACAAGGAGGCUGUCACCAUUCUCUCCCAGCAGUCGGGGCAGAUCGAGUUCGAAGUGGUGUACGUAGCUCCAGAGGUAGACAGCGAUGACGAGAACGUGGAGUAUGAAGACGACAACGGCCAUCGCUACAGACUCUACCUGGAUGAGCUGGAGGAGAACGACAAUGGGCCGCCUAAUGGUGGCUCAGCAUCGUUACAAGCCGCUCUGGAGAAGAUGUCAGUGAACAAGAGUGCAGAGAAUGGCGAUGCAGGACUCUGCAGUGAGACGCCGUCAGAGGAAACUCCCUCCAAGCCUCCCGAUGCUCAGACCUCCUCGUAGAAGACGACCGAGUGUGCAGCAUGCAGGAGUUUUAUUGUGCAAAUUCAAGUACUGAAUCCACACGCAGAAGCAGUAUGUCGUCCAUCCUUCUCUGUCCAUGUUUAACGGGGACAUUAAAGGGUUUGCACAGG